GAGAAAUCUUUAAAUUUGUGUUCCAACAUUAAUAAAGAUCAGAGACUCUACACUGCAAAGAACGAGAACAGGCAGGAAGAAUAUGAUGACCAUUUUAGCUCUACAUACAAUGGUUUACAACAAAAAUUCUGCAUUGGAGAGAAACCACACCAGUGUGGGAAAUGUGGGAAAUCCUUCAGUACUGCCUUAAGCCUCACUGUACAUCAGAGAAUUCAUACUGGAGAGAAGCCUUACAAAUGUCAGGAAUGUAACAAAUCCUUCACUGUGAAGUCAACUCUUACAAAGCAUCAAAGAAUUCAUACUGGAAAGAAACCCUACAAGUGCAACAUUUGUGACAAAUCCUUUACCCAGUGCUCAAGUCUGAAAACUCAUCAAAGACUCCAUACUGGAGAGAAACCUUACAAAUGCAGAGAAUGUGGAAAGUCAUUUCAUCAGUCCUCAGCACUUAAAAGCCAUCAGAACAUGCAUACAGGAGAGAAGCCUUACAAAUGUAAGGAAUGUGACAAGUCCUUUGCCCACUAUUCUAACUUUAGGAGACAUCAGAAAAUCCAUACCACUGAGAAACAUUAUAGGUGUCAGGAAUGUGGCAGGGUCUUUCAUUGGCUUUCACACUUAAGGAGACAUUACAGACUCCACACUGGAGAGAAGCCUUACAAAUGCAAUGAUUGCGACAGUUCCUUUACCCACUAUUCAUCAUUUAGAAGACAUCAGAAAACUCAUUCUUUAGAGGAAUUGUACGAAUGCAAAGAAUGUGGUAAGUCCUUUCUUGACUUAUCACAUCUUAAAAGGCAUCACCUAAUCCAUACUGGUGAGAAGCCUUACAGAUGUGAGGUCUGUGACAAAUCCUUUACCUUGAACUCAACUCUUAGAAGACAUCAUAAAAUUCAUACUGGAGAGAAACCUUACAAAUGUGAGGUAUGUGACAAAUCCUUUAGUGUAAUAUCAAAUCUCAGAAAUCAUCAGAAAAUUCAUACCGGAGAGAAACUUUACAAAUGUAGGCAAUGUAGCAAAUCCUUUAGCCAGGACUCAUAUCUUAGAAUACAUCAGAGAAUUCAUACUGGAGAGAGACCU